AUGAUCCCUGUUAAGGUGAAAUACUUCGAGGAGGGGUCGUCGUGGACGGAGAAGCGUACCUCGUCGUCCACAGCGGCAGCGGCUGCGGCUGCGGCAACGGCAAAGUCCAUUUCGAAGAGCAUUAUCGACCUGAGCAGCGGGCCGUCGCCGAUCCUGGAUAUGGAGAGCUUCAACGACGUGAUUACUGCCUCGCCGCCCUCCUUUGUCUUUGUGCACAACGCCACGCCAGCGGCUCGGCAGCAGAUGAUGCAGUCACCACACGUGCGAAAACUGUACGGUAUCACGGACCUCGUGCGAUAUGAGCCGCGUGAGGGGGCGGACAAGGGAACCGUCGUGCUUAUUCGCAUCGGUGUGAACUGCGAGUCCGUGGAGAAUGUAACGAAGGAGCUGGAAGGCACCGGUGGCGUUGUGCGUCUUUUCAUGACGCUUCAGGUGCGCGCGUACGCCGGCGCAUCGCUGACUGCUGCCGCGCUCUGCGUCGAUCCUGCUGCAACUGCGUCGCAGCGCGUUGCCGCNUACACGAGCGCCGCGCCGCUACUGGGUGCUGCGGAGCUGGUGGUGCUGUGCUCCAACCUGCUCGCUGCUGGCAAGGUUGCGGAACUGAGCGCAGCCUUCGCGGCGAAGGGUUUCGUCGACGCCGCUGAGGAGGUAGGUGAGAAGCACAACAACGGCAACAACAACAACAGCAACAGCAACAGCGGUGCCACAUCACAGGAGUGGACAGUGUGGCUGAAGUCGUCCAAGUUCGCCGUGACGCAUUUUACGCACGAGGCUGCGGGCAAAGGCAUACCGCCCGUCACGACCGCCACGAUGGGACCGCGCAGCGCGACGACCAUCGCGAUCCCACAGCCGCGCAGUGCAAAGAGCGCCAACAUGCGUGGCUCCCCCGCGUCGACAGCGACGCCGGUGAUAAUGACGGACCCUGCGAUUCUCAGCGCCGAGACAGCGGGCAGGGGUGGCGCGGCUGCGAAGAGCAGCGGCUCCGUCAUCAUUGAGCGCCUCCUACAGCAGCAGCAGCAGCAGCAGCAGCAACAACAACUGCAAGGUGCGCCACGCUGGUGGGCGUCGCACGCGUAUACGAUGAAAAAUAACGAGAAGCUGAAUGGCUCUGAGGCCGCGUUUGAUAUCUCGGCCCACUUCUCAUCCGUCGCAGAUGCGGUGGAGGCGCUGAACAGCAAGGCGAUUCACUGGCCCGCUGACUUCUGCGUGGUGCAGAAUGUCAUCCUUGUGAGUGACAACGUUGGUCAGGGGGACAAGCGGGUGAUGUUCCGGCGCUACGCCAGAGAUUAUAAAAACAGCGCCGCUCUGCUCUCGCAAAUGCUUCUGCCACCAGGAAGCAACAACAACAGCGGCGGUGCCGCUGUUACUGCCACCACCACCACCACCACGACAACCAACAACAACAACACCCAAGUUUCUUCGCCUGGCAUUGCGUCGGAGAAGACAUCCUGGCUUAAGCGUGUUGCAGCCUUGUCAAACCAUUCUCAGAACGAUGCCAACGGGGACGAGUCCUCCAUCAUCCCCGCAUCACGAGCACUGAGGCGUGAGGAGGAGAUGCGAAACCGCACCUGGGACAUUUCGUGGUGCACUGUUGUGUAUCAAGUAACCCCACGCGAAAUGAAGUUCAAUAUCACGCCGGUGGUGGGUCUUGGGAAGGAAAAUCUCGCCGAAGCCAUUCAGUGUCUCAACCUAAGCUCCCAGCUCAAGUCAAAGACAGCCCAUGUGAAGGAGAAUCCGCUGCAGAAUUACGCGUACGAUUAUGCCCUUCUCUUCUCUGUGGAGCUGCAAGGCUACUGGCUCAUAGCAGCCACACACGUCCCAUGUGACAUCGUGGCAUGCAGGGCAGCUGCAUAG